UGCUUUCUUCUGUCACUAAUGCUACGCUGAUCCCUGCUCCUCGACCAUCUGCUCCAAAAAAGCCAAAAGGUUUGGAUUUUCUGCAGCGGUCUGUGAUGGUUGGGAGAUGCCGCGGCUCUUGGUGCUCUGUGUGUUUGUAGCCAUCUUCAGCUACGUUUCUGUUUCUAUAGAGGUUUGCACCAGCGCCUUGAUACCCGGAGCUAAAGGAGACCAAGGUGAGAUUGGAGAUGAUGGAGAUCAGGGGAAGCUGGGGAAGAAUGGACCACCAGGACUUCCAGGAGUGCCGGGGGAGCCGGGCCUUAAAGGAGAAUUGGGCCACACAGGAAAGAUUGGGCCUACUGGAGACAGAGGUGACAAGGGUGAUAAAGGUUUAGAUGGACCAGCUGGUUUAAAAGGGAAACCAGGUACAAUGUGUGACUGUGGGAGGUACAGGAAGGUGGUUGGACAGCUCGAUAUCAGUGUAGGCAAGCUGGGGAAUGCAGUCAAGUUUGUGAAGAAUGGUAAGUCACUCUUUUUUAAUCUUUUACUAGACACUAGACGAUGUCUUACCUCCGACCAUUUAAUAGAAGGAACUGAGACAGGAGGUCUUUGUGAAAGAGCUUGUAUCAAGUCUGGAGUGGUUCUAGGCUUGAGAGAAACAGAAGAGAGGUACUACCUGCUGGUGAAGGAGCCCAAGAGGUUUAGAGAGGCUUUAAUGAACUGCAAGCUCAGAGGAGGCACCCUGGCCAUGCCCAAAAGCACCAACACCAACCGUCUCAUGGCAGACUAUGUUAGUCAGGCAGGACUGACACGAGUGUAUAUAGGAGUGCAGACUCAAACCAAGGAUGUGGACGGGAGCAGUCAUGUUUAUGCAGACUCCACCCCUCUGCAGGGUUUUGCAUCUUGGAGCCAAGAGGAGGAGCUACAGCCCAACACAAACUCCAGCUGCGUGGAGCUGCUCAGCACUGGAACGUGGGCUCACGUGGAGUGUGAAGCCACCAUGUUUUUCAUCUGUGAGUUCCCGAAGAGCAGGAGAAGAGGAGGAGGAAGAGAGCCAGGUGCCUCGGCAUCAUCGUGACCUUGACCACUCACUGCACAUGUCAAGACAAGGAACAGACUCCUGAAAAAAAACAUUUAUAUUUCCCAUUUCCUGCAAAUGUGCAGACAAUUUCAGUUUGAUUGACACUACUGUGUUCGCGUAUUUCAAUAAGAACCAUUACCACCAACAAAUCAGUAAAAAUUGUUCUAA